AUGGAUCCACUAAGAGACUCAGACAAUUUGAACGAGGAGCAGCCACGUCAGGAACCAGAGCCAUCCUCAUCAACGGGCUCUAAAGGAACCAGACCAAAGCGUGGGAGACCCCGUGGUGCAAAUCGCACCCCACUGUCUUUGGAGGAAAAGCGCGCCAGGAACGCGCAAUAUGAGCGUGAAAGGCGAGAGGAGUUGGCGAAAGCCCAGUGCGAACUGGCAGAGGCCGCAGGAUGCGACACUAAUAUAUCGCCGGCCAACUUAAUGAUUCACGUAAUCAUGCGAUUGAAAUCUAGAAGAAGAGAAAGUAUAAGAGACCUUAAACGCGUAAAUAGAAAAUUAAAGAAAAAAAUAAAAAAGCUGGAGUCGGCCCGCGACCAGGAACAACAAGUCGCGCCAUCACCACCGCAGCCAGUAGCCGAGCAGGAGCCCGACAUUCAGCCUCGACCACCAUUGCCAUCCUGGUAUGCCAUGGCAUUACCAUCGUUCGAGGCUGAAAAGUGUCCAGAUGUUUUGUUAGCAGAGCAGGAACCCGACGAGACUGCGUCUCCAUCGACAUUGCCAGACCAGACAGACGCAGAUUUGUCAGACCUUUUGUCUCAAGAAGAUUUUGAGAAAAUUUUUGAAGCUCUGGAUAAUGGAUGGAUGGACUCCUGGCAGAAGACUCCUGACUCAAAUAAAUAA